AUGUCUUGGCAAGCAUACGUCGACUCCAGCCUUGUUGGCUCUGGCCACAUCGACAAGGGCGCCAUCAUCAGCGCCGCUGGUGACAGCGUCUGGGCUACCUCGAGCGGCUUCACCAUUCAAGCCGAUGAGAUGAAGAACUUGGCCGCGAUUCUGAGCGGUUCCGAGGACGCCAAGGCCAAGGCCUUCGGUGACGGUGUUCACGUUACCGGGGAGCGAUUCGUCGCCUUCAAGAUUGAGGACCGAAGCGCGUACCUCCGACACGGCAGAACCGGCGUCGUCGUCGUCAAGACGAAGCAGGCCAUCCUGGUGGGCCACUACGGCGAGAAUGUGCAGGCUGGAAACGCAACACAGACCGUCGAGGCGCUCGCCGAUUAUCUGAUCAAGGUCGGCUACUAA